AUGAAGUAUGACAAGAGAGACUUUGCUGCCAUUGAGUUUCUCCUUCGCAAAGGUCGACGUCAGCUUGAACUCUACGCUGCACCUGGCAUCAAAGACAUCAGAUUAGACGAUGACUACGCUCAAUUUGCCUUAGAAGGGGAGUCCGCAUCAUCGACCAAGGUUCGAUUACCCGUUGCCAACCGAUGCCGGCGGAGUGCACCCCGAACGGCCUACGCAUCAAAUAUCUCAGUCUCCUCUACCUCAAGCAUCAGCUACAUCAACAUGGAUUGCGAGUCAGCAGACGCUUGCCCGCGAGGCCUUGCCAUUGGUAAGAUAAGACAUAAUGCCGGGUAUCUUCGUCACUUUCUAGACUCAACAUAUGCGAGGCGACCUGAACGGAAAACGCCAAACCGGGAAAAGCGAUUUGGGCUUGCAGAUCCUCUUGCCUGGGACGUUAUCAAUAGAUCACUCACCCAGCAGCACCGAUUAUCCUCUUUAGUUGACCCCGAUGGCCCUGGAAUUCUCCCGCCGAAGCAGUCUUCCAACAAGACCAUUGAUGUCACCUCUAGCGAUUCUAGCCAACGGAGGGCUCUCAAUCGGUUUGCAAGGGAACUUGAAAAGUACGCCGAUGCAGCCGGUGCUGCUGGUAAAGACCCUGUUAUUACUCCCACAAUAUCAGAGUCCAAGGCGUCACUUCAUACCGUCAAACCGUUGGUGCCUUACAAAGAUGAGUUUUUGGCCGCUGGCCUUGCUGUAACAUCUGCAGAGCAGAGACGGGCUUUGGCUCAUCAGACAAAUGCGCAAGCCACGCAUCGAACAACUAAACCACAUCAACACUCGAGCAGGACAUUAGAGACUAGGAAGAAGCCAGCUACGCCCGGCGAUGGUCCUUCGUCUAAUGCAAGCCCUUCAAUUUCAUGUACUAGCUCUGGCUCUUACAUCGAAUUCAGCCCACGAGGCGGACACAUGUUACAUGCUGUUGAUACAUUGGUGCCACGAAGAGGCACUGCGAAGUCGAAAUGCUGUCAUCAUGCUAGGAAACGUCUCAUUUCCUGGUUUAUCAAAAAGCCAACUAGCAAAAGCAGUAGCAUACUCGCACAUCAUCCCCCAGUUCGAACCCACCAUGUCCACGGUAGGCAAGUAAAUUCGAAUGGCCCAUCGUCUGCUCAUCUAGGGCGCCGCCGACUUCAACAUAAAACGCACAAACCGUUCAUACAAGACAUCCCGGAGGUUCAAUUGUGGCCAAAACCUGUGCCUCCCGUGAAAUACGUGACCCCCAAGAAGAAUCCAUGCGUAGCACUCAACAGUGACUACUAUGAGCAACGCGAUCUGGGGUUCCACUCCGCCGAGGAAAAUACGCACCAGCAUGCUCCUUUUGAUGCGAAGCAGUCCCUAGGUUCCUUUGGGUUGCAAGGCAAGAGAAAUAUAACGAAGGGUGUCCUGCCCAAGCCUCUCCCGGUACCCAUAGCAACCAUAGAUGAAGAGACAGAGGUUAAUACCUUAACGGACAACAAUGCUCCAAAUGGCUCUUUACCUCCUGCACAUCUGAAGGAGGCGCCGAGCGUUGUAGAAGGCCCUAGCCGCCGGAUCAACGGCGAGUCUUCAAUGACGCACCAGUCAUCGGUGCCAUCUUUGCCAUUCGCAGCUAGACUAGCAGCCAGUACCGCUUCGUCACUGCAGCGAGCGUUGGAUGACGCAUACCAGAAGGUCGAAAGCGACACUCAGAAAGCAGGCAGUCUACCAGAGAAAGAAGCUAUAAAGAAGGAGCCACCACCACCAAUCCCACGGCGAGAUUCACGGCACAAUGCGUCCCAUCAUCCGCACCCUCGCAGACCACGUUCGACGGACAAAUUCAUCUACGUGAAAAGGAAUAUGCCAACAGUAGAGGCAUCUUCAUCAUCUUCCAAGCCUUUGCCACCUGCGCCACUAUCUGUAGCGCAAGUUACGCCUAAGAAGCGUCCUGACAUCAAACCGCCUCAGCCCAAACACACAGCCCCUCCAACGCCUCGACCCUUGACCGGGAAACGCAAGAAUGCAGUAGCAGAACUGGCCAAAGCAGAGGAGAUGCUGAGAGAUCUAGACGUAUUUCUCAACGACUACGAUGAUGCAGCUAUUGAGGACCGGGACGUCAUCAAGGGUCUACAGGUGGCCAUCCACGCGGCGGCCGAUGAUCUAUACGAUGGGUACAUAAGACACAAGACAGGGCUGCGAAUCCGACGGUUCUUGGCGGAUCUGAAGUCAUUCGAAGACAUAACUGAGCUUGGUCCAACAGAUCAGCGGGCCAGGGAGAAGCGUGCUGAAACCAGAAGACUUGAGGGUGUUAGGAAUCGGAAGAACGACCGGUGAGAGGGAGAAGAUGCGUAAUUAUGUACCUUUCGUCGCGUGCCCAUUUCUCUUGCGGACGACGGCACGACCUAGAUAGUGAACAAUGCCAUAUCUGCUAUAGGCAACAACUCGAAAAGCGUUUCUACGUGAUAUUCCGCUUGAAAUCCCAUGAUCUAGUUUCUAAGUCCCCAGUAUAGGUACUUAAAUGUAGAUACAGAUAUAACCUUGGAACUACUACCUAGGUACAUUACAUAGGUAGGUAGUAUGACAGGUUGCGGGGUCCGCUGUGCCCCUUU